AUGUCGUUUAUUUUCCAGUCCGAAAUUUUUGCUGUUUCAUUUGCACUGCUUGGAAUCGGUGCAAUCGUUCUUACAUUGAACGUCCUCCUCCUGGGAGGGAAAAUAAUCUUCUUCCAAAGCCUCAGCCUUCUGGGCUACUGCCUGUUUCCUCUGGACAUAGGAGCCCUGAUUUGCCUGUUCAAAGGCCAUUUCAUAGCAAGGAUGAUUGCCGUGUUUGUUACCAUGUUCUGGAGCUCUUGGGCUGCCUAUCCAUUCAUCAGUUCUGCUGUCACCCAGAAGAGAAAGGCACUCGCCCUUUACCCUCUCCUCCUCAUGUAUGUUUCUGUCGCUUUUCUGAUCAUCGCCACCAGCUAA